GACCCUCCAGUCUAUCUUUUAAAACGCUGAUGAUGGGCUUCCCCUACACACAGCUGGUCCAUGAGGAUGAGCUCGAGCGGCCAAAGACGAAAACUCACCCUGGCUGGAUUUUCGGUGCCGGCGUCUUCAGCGGAGUGAUUGUGUCUGUCAUUUUGUAUGCGCUGUUGAAUUUCUCCGUGCUUGUGGUCCAGCCCUGGGUGCUGUCCACCCCUCAAUCAGUCUCCGACGAGAUCCAGGGCACGCAGUGUGGCAGCUCGUGGCAGGAAGCCAAAGCGAUGGGCUGCCACUACGACGUGAUGGCCUCGCGCUGGUACUCGGACGAAUGCUUCGACGCCGAGGUGCUCGAGGAGAUGCUGCUGGAGCCGCAGGUCAACUUCACCUGGUACAUGGACGAGCAGCACACGCAGGAGGUGCCCUGGGAACUCGCUCUCUCGGGGGAGUUUGAAGUGCUGUAUCCGCUCUACGACUUCCACAAGAUCCACUGUCUCUACCUCUGGCGCCGUCUCCACCACGCCGUGCUGAAUAACCGGCCCCUCGACGACGAUCUGCUCGAAUACGAGCAUACCGUGCACUGCACCCGCAACCUGCUUACCUGGCCGGAUCCGCACGUCCAGGAGGGCCUGACCACGGCCCACGCGGGGAUUCCGUUCUGUCGCAGUAACCCGUUGGGUGUAUUGCCCGUGUCUGGAUAGAAUACGAGGAUGUUACUAGCUCUGCAAUUCAGUUCCAUGGUUACAUCGUCUCACCAUCACAUUGCAGUAGUCUAAUAGCCUGGUAGAUAUCUUGCCUCUAUAAACAUCGGUUAGGUCCUACUUCCUUACCACUUACCAAAUACACAUACCUUAUUGAAGUCCAUAACUAUCUCUGUCAUCUCUAUUUCACAUCCAUCACUCACAAAAUGAAGGCCUCCCUAUUCUUUCUUUCAAUCGUGGUCGCCUCUGCGGCAGCCCUCCCUGUUGUCCAGCGGGGGACUGACACUGCUGCCACCUACCCUGUCGCUGAAGAGGAUAUCGUCACUCGUGGGACUGACACUGCUGCCACCUAUCCUGUCGCUGAAGAAGAUAUCGUCACUCGUGGGACAGAUACUGCUGCCACCUACCCUGUUGCUGAAGA